GAAGGCGUGAGAUUUACUAUAUCGAGUUUUGCUCUGUAGAAAAAGAAACGAAAAAAGCCGGGAACUGGAUGAAAACGGUGAUAAAUGAAUUUGUUGUUCGCUUGGUGGGUGAAAAAGAGUUAGUAUACCUAACGUUUCUCGUCUAAAGUCGAGACAAAAAUGGAAAUGAAUCAAGUUGAAGAGGAUACUAACAACACCGAUGUCGGUGAACAAGUACAAGAAACAGAUGAAGCGAUGCAGAUGGAAGGCCAAGUACACACGACAACCGUAUUAGACGAACAGAGUCUACAACAACUCAUGGAUAGUGGCACUGUUAGUGAAGACAGCAUUAUUGCCAUAGUUCAAAACGAACAUGGAGAACCUCAAACGGUGGUACUGAGUCGGCAAGACGCUGAAGCCUUAGGGAUUCAAUUGGAUCCUCUUGAGCAACCAGUAGAAGAUGAGGAAGCACAGGCUACCACAGCAGAAGCAGAAAUGGAAGAAAUGACUGAACAAAUGGACCAGGAAUCUGAAAUGCAGCCUUCUGAAGACAUGACAGAAUUCAACUCUGAAAAUCCAGAGCCUUCAGAAUUUAACUCUGAAAAUCCAGAACAGCCAGAAUUCAGCGCUGAGCAUCCAGAACAGCCAGAGUUUAACUCUGAACAUCCAGAACAGUCAGAAUUCAACUCUGAACAUCCAGAACAGGCAGAAUUUGACUCUGAACAUCCAGAACAGUCAGAAUUUGAUUCUGAACAUGCAGAGCAAUCAGAGUUCCAACAAGAAUUGCAAGCUGGAAUUCAGUCGGACCUUCAAUCCCAACUUCACGCAGAAUUUCAGUCGGAACUUCAAUCAGAACUGCAUAAUGAACUACAAGAUGAACUCCAGAAUGAACUGCAGCAAGGUCUUCAAGAGCCCACUAGAGAAUCAGAAAUCCCAUCAAAAAUGUCACCAGAAAUUCCACCAGAGCUUCAACCCAAAAGUCAAGAAUCUUGCCCAAAUGUGGAAGGCGAAUCGGAACCACAGAUUAUUGCGGUUCCUGAAGCCAUAACAGUACCUGACGUCCUACCUGCAGAAACGCAAGAACAAGAGGCGGACGAGAAGAAAGUGAAAGAAGAUGAAGAAAUGCAAACCACCACCGUAUCGCUGGAUGCAGUUUCUCAACGGCUAGGUGAAGAUGGUGGUGAAGGGGAUAGUUCGGCUAAUGAUGUUCUAUCCAACAUCAUUCAUUCGUUAUUCAAUCCGAAUGAGCCAAACCAAUCGAACGUUUCGAUUGUACCGAGAAUGGUGGGCGGCAAACGCAAAUUAUGCCUUAGACUGCCUGCCAGUACGGCCAGCGCACUUCUCGCACAGACAGGCAGCCCGCUGGCCCAUUCAUUUACCGAGGGUGGCAUCCCCAAGAAAAUAAAGAUCGUCAUCCCGCCACAUUCGUUCUCAAACAGCACCGGAAGCUUUGUCUCUAGCCUUACCAAUUCCGCAUCUGUGAUGCAGCAAGAGACGAGGGUAGUAAAAACGUCUGUGAUGCAGCAGUCAGCCAUGAACAAUUCUGGCGGGAAAACAACAGGUCCAGCACGGCUAGAUCCAGAUACAUUACCGAGCAGCAGUUCGUUUUCUUUAAUGUCAUCUCCCGUCAAAAGCUCUUCGAAACCCUUUCUGGCCUCCCUGUUCAGUUCGACAUCCACCACAACUCCGAGCGCCUCAUUGACAGUGACACCAGUCGCAAAUCCGCCAAAGAAACCAUUAGGCACGACAGAGAAUCCCAUUCAACUGGUUCAGGAAGGCAAUAGCUUCCGCAGUUUGCAGCCAUUGACUCCCGAUCAGUUGAAACACAUCGCGUCAGUGUUGAAACAAAAUCGGCAGGCAAUCCUGUCGGGAGAUGGCAAGAGUGGAACGAGUUCCUUGGCCAGCAGUGCGGAAGGAGAUGGCGGCAAGCGGAGGGUCGUGUACGAUGCAAAAUCUAAUACGCGGAUCGUAUAUCGAGUGGUGACUCCGGGCGAGCUGAAGAAAACUCCUUCAGCGACGGGUGCCACUAUUACGACCCCAGUCACUCCUGUUUCUUUGAAAUCAACCACCACACCGACGUCUACUACACCCCCAGUUGUCAGAGGACGGGGUAGAGGCAGAGGACGGCCACCUGGACGUGCAACAGCGUUCGCCCAAAAACGAAAAGUGGCCAGCACAGAAGAGUCGGAUUCAGAGGAUCUGCCAGAAGAGGAUCCCAUUAGUACCAACAUUGACAUGUCCAAAGAAGAACGAGAAGGCAAAAAAAAACUAUUACCUCGAACCCGAUCGGGUCGAGUUUCGAAACCACCUCGUCAUAUGGUCAAGGAUUACAAGAGACUGCAUCAUUUAGAUUUUGCCCAGCCAGAUCUAGAUGACUCUGACGGUGGCUAUUCGGAUUAUCGAAUUGACCAUUCAUCGCCUAAUGUGGCCGUGGGCAAUGAGGAUAGCAAUGCCGAAUCAUCCGAAGAUUCCAAAGGCCCCACCAAAUCCGUCAUACCGACCUCACCGUUUCACUGCACAAUAUGCAAACGAGAAUAUACUACCCCGCACAGGUUAUCGAGGCAUUUUGAACAGUUCCCUGACCAUAGUAGUAGCGUGGCGACGCGCCGCAAUUCUACAGUUCCAGUGCCAGCCAUCGAAAAGAAAAACGGGCAGCAUGACAGAGAGGAGGUGGAAGCAGAAGAAGAAUCUGAUUCCACCGAAACGGAGAAAGUUGUCAAACGGGCGGUCAGGACAACAACAACAGCAAGCACAAUCAGAGGGCGAGGUGGUUGGAGGGGAGGACGUGGCCGAGGAAGAGGUAGAGGUCGAGGACGAGGAGUUGGCCGGCCUCCUUUAGUACAUUCUCCAGCUCUUCUCUCUGAAAAGAGAAAGAUUCGCCUUGCAGAGGCCUUGGAACUAUGCACCGAUGAAGAAGUAGUGGACGUGGCUGGCCCACGGCUUUCGGCUACCAUGUCCAGCUGGGAAUACUUGUUGCUGAGAGUGCAACAGGAAGACGAAGGCAACAGCAGCGCACCUCUUAUCCCGCGAAUCCUCAACGAAGUGACGUCACUGUUUGGCGUGUCAACCAUGACCACUCGUCACCUGCAUCCCCAUAGUAACGGUGAUGUUGACGAAGAAGAACACGAGCCUUAUCAGCUGACAAAUCCCGAGACGGCCCGGCUGCUUGGCCUACAAUGCGGCACUUAUUUUAUCAGCAAAGACGAACGCAAAUUAUUAGAGGAAGAUGCCGUUGAUUCGGGUCAUUUAUGCCAGGCCGUUUCCAUCCCUCCUGCCAUCAUUGUAACUACGGAAACCUCCUCACCGGAGCCACAACUUCCAGUUGUUGUCAACGAAACGGACGAUGUAUCCCAAGAGCAACAAGACGAUGCUCAGAUGAAAGUGGAUUCAGCAGCCGCAGCUGCGUCUAAAUUGUGGGAAGAGCUGGAAGAAGCGGAUCACUUGCCUCCAACUGCUGGGAGCGAAUCCGGAAUUGGCGGAGGACCUGACGGCGACCACGUGGAUGGCGAUGAGGUUGACAGUGAAUUAAUGCAAGUGGAUGAAAUUGUCAAUCAAGUGGUCGAAGGCCAAACAGGUGGCUCUCAAGCACCUUCUCCCCUUUGAAUGCCCAAUACCAAUGAUGGUACCCCCCAUAUCGACAGUGAAAGUCAGUAAUAAAAAAGGACGAAACACAGAAGAGAAGACAACAAAUAAAAAGUGCUCUCGCCAUAUUUUUCCCCUCGUCGCUUUGGUGUCUAUACGCAGCCAAAACGCGGAACAACCUGGCAAGUUCAGUUACGUUUUGUUCAAGUUAUAAUUAGGUUUCCUUUCUAUUCAUUUUUUUUUUUAAUCUUUAAUUUCUUCCGCCUUUCAGAUUCUUUUCUCUUUUUUUCUCAGUACAGUUCCAACUAAUUGCUGUUUACAUCAUGGUCUUGUUUGUUUUCCCCUAUUUCCCCAAUAUUCAAAACAUACACGCAUCUUACGUGGCAUUUGACAGUGAGCUGAAUUCCCUUUACCCAAGUCCCAUGAAUACAAACAAAGUCGCAACGGUU